GAGCGCAACACGUACAUUUUGGCCAAAAUAAAAAGUACAAAAUUAACAAUAAGAGCAAUUAAGGGGCUUAGAACUACCAAAGAAAAAUUCACUAAAUUAACGGUCAAGGUUAUGUGAGAGCCUUUGGUGUGGUACAACUCAGUAUAACCAAAAACGGCAGCAAACAACGCAGUUUGUUCCGAACCUACGAACCCAGUCCAUCGAUGGCCACCAAAAGAAGACCGCUGCGUCCCAAUUUGGGCAAUCCCGGCAACUCCCCCUCCGGCUCCAACAUGAACUUCAGACCCGGAGGACCCGAUAUCACCCGGUCGGAGGCCCGUGGAACGAGACCCACGGCUGCACCGACAAGUAUCCGCGAGAUCCUGGUAAUGGGUGUCAUCCAUCUGUGCAAGAAGAUUAUAUUCUUCAACACGGACCUCAAGGUGGCCUUGUAUCUGGGCAGUCUGUUUGUGAUCUCCGUGAUCGGAGACUUUGCGCCCUUCCCAAAGACCUAUUUCGCCAGAUCGGACAACCUGUUCAACCAAUACUUUGUAAAGGUGGGCUGGGGCUGGACACUGCUCUUUGUUGUGCCCUUCCUGGUACUCUCAGCCUACACGAUCACCUGCGGGGACCACAAACGAAUGCUGAGGCACCAUUUUCCACGCAUAGUCAUAGCCACUUUCUUCUGGUUCUUCUGGACGAAGCUGUUCAACAUUGUGGAGAACUCCUAUGGACGCUGCACCACAAAAGGCUUUCAAAGCAAAUCAAGCUGUCUGAGGGCGGGACACCUAUGGAAGGGCUUUGACAUAUCCGGGCAUGCUUUUAUACUGAUCCACUCCAGCCUGGUGCUGAUCGAGGAGGCGCGUCCCAUCAUCCGAUGGGAGACCAUCAAGGAGCACAUCCGCAACGAGUGUCACAAUCGCAGUUCCGCCCAAAACUCGGGCACAAAUCCCUUGAGAACGCUGAACGAGGAGCAAAUGCGUAGCCUGCAGUUCUUGUACAAGCGCCUGACGCCGAUCAUCCGCACUUUGUUCAUUGGCAUGGCGGCUCUGCAGCUGCUGUGGGACAUAAUGCUGGUGGGCACUAUGCUGUACUAUCACCGCAUGAUCGAGAAGGUGAUCAGCGGCAUUAUUGCCAUACUCACCUGGUACUUCACGUACCGUUUCUGGUAUCCCACACCCGGUCUGCUGCCCGAGGCGCCUGGAAAUGGAAGCUUCAGUUACCAACGCGAAAUACCUACCUUCCCGUUCAAGCGCCCCUCGCAUUUAUCAACGGGAGCCGCCUCGAGCUCGGGAUCCAGCACCUCGAGGACGAACCUCAAUGGCAAGGCCGCUACGAUGGGGGUGCCGAGGGAUCAGCAGAUGCCUACUUUCAUGGGAAUGCCGCUGUUCACUACUCCGAAGGCGGCCAGUGCAGCCGCAAAUUUGCUGCUUACCGAGCAACAAAGGCGGGACAAGGAACGCGAGCAACAGCCGCUCGAAAGCUGAGCCCUGGACGGUUCGCCUGGCUCGCCAAGCAGCCCUCAAGCAUAGCAGGAAUUGAUAAUUAGGUGACGGAUUGGAAUUUAUACCAAAUUUUUGUAUAUUCAGCGACGAUGAAAUGAUGAAAUCAAUGAUAUUACUAAGCAGCCGAGGCUGGCACUGGAUCGCGUUCUGCUCCUCAUCCUCCUUCGCCUCCUACCAUGACACCCCAGCAUCCUUCAUCAGAUCAGCAGUGCGUAGCUUUAAGCGUUCUUAUGUUCGUGUGUUUAUAUGUGCCCAACUUUAACAGUAAAAGGAUUUGUUAACAAA